CUCCUCCUCCACCUCCGCCUCCUCCUCGUCCACAUCCUCGUUGCCUUUUGCCUCCUUUGGCAUGGCCUGAGCCGUUUGGCCUCGAGCCGUCGGGCUCGGUACCGGCACCCGCUCUCUGCAGGUGCACGGGUGGCCCCUCUUGGGGUGUGCCAGCACGUCUGCGGGCCCGUCGCGCGGGAUGUCUGGCUGGAGCUGCGGCGCCUGCACACUCGAGAACCACGCUGGGGCUGCGUCGUGCGAGGUGUGCGGCGCUCCUCGGCCGCCUGCGGCGGGCAACGCGGGGGCCUCCCAGUGGGCCUGCGCGCAGUGCACGCUGCUGAAUCCCAUCGCCGACGUCGCCUGCUGCGCCUGCGGGGCGCUGCGGCUGGCCGCCGCGGGCUCCAGCGGCGGCGCCGCCGCCGCGCGCCGCUCGAAGAAGGGGCGAGUUCGUUCAGGGUGCGUGCCGCCUCGCGCUGGGCGUGGCAGACGGCGGCUGGGGCGACGUGCUGCGCGUAGACUUCCAGUGCCUCGCCGCGCCCGCGUGCCCGAUCUGCCUGGACGACCGUCGGUACCGAGACUCACCGAGUGCGGGCACGCCUUCUGUCUGCUGUGCGCGCUGCGGCACAUGGAGAUCUCGCGCGCCUGUCCAGUGUGCACCGCCGCCAUGCGGUUGGACGACCUCCGGCCGGUGAGUUUCGAGCUGAUUGACGCUUUUGAGGAGGGCGCGGACAGGCGGUUCUUGCUGGUCCGACGCAGUCGGCUAUGGCUGGAGCUUGCAUCUUGCGAUCUAUCUGGGUACAGGUACCCGUUAACGCUUGAGGGCCGGCCUGGCUGGUUGCUUGCGCGCCGCGUGAUCGCCGAUCCAGGGGCACGGCUGAGCCGCCUGCAUGCGGAGUGCCGUGAGCUGGAGGCGGCGCCGCAAGAUCCCCUCGCGCAGGGCGCGUUGGAUGCGCUCAGGGCUCAGCUGCCUUCCGCCACCGCCGCAUCCGAGAGGGACGUGUCGUCUUCUGCAGCGGAGCGAGUGGAGCAAUUCGAAACGGGCGAGCUUAUCAACUUCUACCAGAGCGACGAUGGGCAGCUGGCGUUCCUGGAGAACGCGGUUACGAAGCAGCUGCUGGCGAGGUUCGGGCGCUGGGGCGACUUGCCGCCCGAGGUCACCGUCAGGGUUCGAGGCACGCGCUCUGAGACGCUCUCCGACGAGCUGCGGAGGCGGCACCGCUUCCUGGACCACCUGCGGGGUGGCGAGGUCACCUUCGUGGACGGCCAGGUGCUGCUCCCAGCGGGCGCUGCCGGCGUCGUCGAGGGCCCCGCGCGCGCCGCCAGCUCACAGGCUGGCAGCAGUGGGCGCAGCGACCGCGCCGCUGGACCUCGCGGCAGUGCUCCGGGGCGCUCCCAGAAGGGGCGCGGCAAGGGGCGCGUCGCCGCGAGUGCGGGCCGCUCCGAGAGGCGGGAGCCUCCCCAGACAUGAUCGCUCGGAAGAAGGAGACGCGACGCC